AUGGCUGGCCACCGGCGCAGUGACGCCUUGAUGUGCUUCAUAUUCCCAGCCAGCUUGGGAGAACUGGGCCUGAAAUGGUUCGAAAGGCUUUCAGAAGGGAGUAUAGAGGGGUGGCAGCAACUAGCAGAAGCCUUCGUCACCAGAUUCAAAACCAACACUCGAACGCCGAAGGAGGUCGAUUAUCUUCUGGGCGUCAAGAUGGAGUCAGGGGGAUCAUUGAAGGCAUACAACGCGAAGUACUGGGAAACUUACAACGAAAUCCUCGACUGUCCUACCAAUCUGGCGAUCAUUCAAUACAAGCGGGGUCUCCCAAUCGGGCAUAGGCUGCGGGACUCGCUCACAAUGCACCAACCCACAACCAUGGAGUCCUCGAUGCAGCGGAUCAAUGAGCACAUUCGUGUGGAGGAUGAUGCCGCCUCCGCGACCGAGAAGGUUAAUCCGAUCGCAGCAGACAGAAGGGUCGCAGGGAAAGUUCACUCGGUCGGGCAGGAGGAUAACCGCCCAAGCAACCGGCCAAAAGAUCGACGACGUGGCCAAAACCGCGAUGACAGAAACAAGGGUCGCAAAAACGACCGAGCUAACGCUCCCCGUGAUGCAGCGGAGGAUGCUAAGAGAAAAUUGAAGGCGCGGACUGGAAUCACCACGGUCUUUAAAAUCCCUAUCUACGGCAUCUUGAGUGAGAUCAGAGGCGAGCCUUUUGUCCACUGGCCGGCCAAGUUGGGAAAUGCACAGAGAGGCUUCAACUCAAGGUAUCGUUGCACCUUCCAUGAGGAACGGGGACACCGAACGGAAGACUGCUUGCCGCUCAAACAACAUUUAGAAGAGCUAGUAGCCGCGGGACAUCUUGACCAAUACAUAGAUGGGGGUAUAAAAGCUGCGCCAUUGGAGCAAACCAAGCCAAACGGCCUAGCCACCCUAGAGGCAGAACCCCAAGGUGUAAUCAACGUCAUCCAUGGCAUCGUUGAACCAGCAAGGGUCUGCGAGCUCAGAGGGAUGAUUAAGAAAGCCGAGCACAUGAGGGAAAUGCUCUUCAUUCGGCCCGCUGUGAAGAAAGGGAAGACCGAGGAGAAGGACAUUCUUACCUUUUCGAGCAGGGACUUGGAGCGGAUCCAGAUGCCGCACGAUGACGCCCUAGUGGUAACUCUUUGCGUCAAAGACUUUGACAUCAAGAGGAUCUUGAUUGACCAGGGAAGUUCGGUCGAAAUUAUGUACUAUGACGCGUUCAAACAAAUGAAGUUGGAGGACAAGGACUUGGCCCCUGCGACGUCCCCUUUGGUUGGCUUCAACUCUCAGCCAGAGUGGCUGGUAGGGAAGAUCAUACUGCUGGUCAAAGCGGGUUCAGUCACAAAGCAAGUAGAGUUCUGGGUGCUCAAAGUCCCAUCCACCUAUAACUUAAUUUUAGGCAGGGGCUGGUUGCACACCAUGCAAGCAGUAGCGUCGACUUACCAUCAGGUCUUGCGCUUCCCGGCGCCAAACGGACAAAUAGAGGAAGUUUGGGGAGACCAGGUGAUGGCGAAACAAUGCUUCGUUACAGUAAAUGGCAACCGAGCAGCUAAAGGAUUUGUCCAAAUGAUUGAGGGACCCGAGGGAAAGGAGGUCCUUGAAGACGUAGGAAGAAAGGCCGAGGAAAAAUCGGUCGAGGAUUUGGUGGAGGUGCGCAUCGACGAGAAUGACCCAACUAAGUUCUUCCUCUUGGGAUCAUCUUUGUCUAGCGCCGAACGGUUGGAUUAUGCCAACUUUUUGGUUUCCAACAUGGAGGCUUUUGCGUGGACGCCUUACGAUAUCCCUGGCGUCGACCCUAACUUCAUUUGCCAUCAGUUGAACGUCUUCCCAAAUGCGCAGCCGGUCAUUUAG